AUGUCUGCUACUGCAUUGAGAAUUGCUCCAAUUGCCUCCAGAACAUUCCAAAGAAGGUUGGGCUACUUGCUGGCUGGUGUUGCUACCGGUGCUGCUGCUACUGUUGCUUAUAAGGCUCAGAAGAACAACAACUACUACAAAUACAACAACAACAAUAACAACAACAGUGGCUUCAAGGCUGGUGCACUAGCUGCUGCUGCUGGUGUUGUUCACUUAGCUCAUGAAGAAGACAAGAAGACUGCUGACUACCAGAAAGUCUACAAUCUGAUUGCAGAGAGAUUGAGAGACGACGAUGAAUAUGACAACUAUAUUGGUUACGGUCCAGUAUUGGUCAGAUUAGCUUGGCACUCUUCUGGUACCUGGGACAAGAACGACAACACUGGUGGUUCUUAUGGUGGUACUUACAGAUACAAGAAGGAAAGCCAGGAUCCAUCCAAUGCUGGUCUAGAGAACGCAGCCAAGUUCUUGGAACCAGUAAAGAAGCAAUUCCCAUGGAUCUCUUAUGGUGACUUGUAUACCUUGGGUGGUGUUGUAGGUAUUCAAGAGCUUCAAGGUCCUAAGAUCCCAUGGAGAUCAGGUAGAACCGAUCUGCCAGAAGAUAUGACCCCAGACAAUGGUAGAUUACCAGAUGGUGACAAGGACGCAAACUACGUUAGAAACUUCUACAAGAGAUUGGAUUUUAACGACAGAGAAGUUGUCGCUCUAUUGGGUGCACAUGCUUUGGGUAAGACACAUUUGAAGAACUCUGGUUUUGAAGGCCCAUGGGGUGCUGCCAACAACAUCUUCACUAAUGAAUUCUACUUGAACUUGUUGAACGAGGACUGGAAACUAGAAAAGAAUGAUGCCGGUAACUUGCAAUAUAACUCUCCAAAGGGUUACAUGAUGUUGCCAACCGAUUACGCUUUGAUCCAAGACUCAAACUACUUGAAGAUUGUCAAGGAGUACGCUGCUGACCAAGAUGCUUUCUUCAGAGACUUCUCUAAGGCCUUUGCUGCUUUGUUAGAGAGAGGUAUUGAUUUCCCAAAGAACCAACCAGUUCACAUCUUCAAGACUUUAGAUGAACAAGGAUUGUAA